UCCCUCUCACCAGAAGCGUAAUGGUCUGACCGUCGGGAGGAGCCGUGUUUUGAGAAGAAUGCCUUUUCAUUUCUGCCCCCAGUGUGGGACAAAGUUGCAGCCUGGUUUUAGAUUUUGUCCGUCAUGUGGGGAGAAGCUUUCCUCGUCUUUUGGAGAACCUGCAGCUGUGAGCUCAACACCGUCUCUAAGUCUCUCUCCACCCAAAAGGAAUGAAGCAGCUUCAUCAGUGGUUAGAACAAGCCCUGCUUCAAGCACCAGUUGUGCCCAUACAGAAACCCUCCCAUGCACUCUAUCAACUGUAGUUACGACUCGUCCUGCACUGCAAAAGACCCGCAACUCCUUACGCCUCAACAAGGACGUUUCAUUCACCUUUAAAGGCGUCCCUCUGCCCGUGGUGCCCUCCACUAAACCUGUUGGAGAAGACAGGGUUGAAGCGCACACCGUCACUUUUCAACAUAAGGCAGAGGUAGAGCCAACUUUGAAGCCCUCCUCCUCGACUCCCACCAAAUCCCCUCGAAAUGGUAAAAGUAAAGCCAAGAAGGCAAGGCAUUCAUUUCAUGUGGAGCCACUGGAUGAAGGUGAGGAGAUGACAGACACAACAGGAAAAAAAUGGAAGCUGGGGAAACUGCUCACACAGAACUCCACAGAGAUCAUCUAUGAAGUUUUGCAAACAGUUUCAAGAUUCAACUCCAAGGAGUCAAGUCACAUCCUCAAACUGGGAGCCAAAGAUGGAAGAAUCUUCAAUGAGCAGAACUUCCUGCAGAGAGCGGCUAAACCUGCAUCUGUGGACAAAUGGAUCAAACUGAAUAAGAUGGACUUUCUGGGGAUUCCUUCCUGUGUUGGUUUUGGUCUUCAUGCAGAAUCCUACAGAUUUCUAAUUUUCCCCGACAUGGGCCAGUGUCUCCAGUCUGUCAUGAUGGAGAAAGGCGAGCUUCUGUCAGAGAAAGCUGUUCUUCAACUCGCCUGUAGAAUAUUAGACGUGCUGCAGUACAUCCAUUCAAACGAGUACGUUCAUGGUGAUAUCAAUGCAGAAAAUAUUUACAUCAAACCAGAACAGAAAUCUCAGGUAUACCUGGUCGGAUACUGCCAUGCCUUCAGGUACUGUCCAGGAGGGAAGCAUGUAGAGUAUCGUGAGGCCAGCAGAACACCACACGAGGGCACCACUGAGUUUAUCAGCCUCGACGCACAUAAGGGAGCAGCUCCGUCACGUCGCAGUGACCUGCAGUCUCUGGGUUACUGCAUGCUGCGCUGGCACACGGGCACGCUGCCUUGGAUGGCACUCACUAAUCCAGACCAGGUCGCCACACAGAAGCAGAGGUACAUGGAGGAUGUUUCUGCACUGUUGAGUCACUGCCUAGGGAAAAAAAGAGUUUCCACGGCAUUUCAAACCUUCCUGACUGCAGUGAUGGCUCUGCAGUACUCUGAGCAGCCUGAUUAUUCAGUGCUGAAAUCCACACUGAAAGACGCUUUACUGGAUCUGGGCGGGUCACUGGAGCAGCCACUCAGCUUUUAGACACGUACCAGAAGGAAGACCUUUGGAGAAUGGAGUGUGUGUGUGUUUUUCUGAUUGUUUGAAUCAUUACAUCUCAUUUCAAACUGUUGUCUCACUGACAGCAGAGUGUUGUAAAGUGAAACCUGCAAACAUCAGGUUGAUGACUUCUUUUUAGGAUCAUUGUUUUAAGAGUUUAUGAUGUUGUUGUUUUCUCACAGAUUGCACUGUAAGAUUUUAGCAUUUCAUGGUCUACUGUGAUGGGUGACGUUUGAAUGUUUCCAGUUACAUGUUUGGGCGAUAUUUACACUUUCUUAGAUAAACGUGUCACAGUCUUCUGCUAAUUUAAGGUUUUAGGUAUUUGAACUGUUGCUUAUUCUGUUUGAUAAUGUUUUUAAUAAAAUCAUUUUAAUGA